UGAAGACGAAACAAAUCAUCGACCACCAUAUUCCAUAGAACAUAAGUUAAUUUGAAACAAAUUUCAUUAUUCUCUGCCAAUACAUCAUUGUUAAACAUUUAUUGAUGAUUACAUGCACGUUUUUUAAUAAUAAAAUAAGUUAUUAUACAUGACACUAUACAAUCAAUCAUUAUUUAGGGAAAUCCUACAGUUUGAGUGUCGUAACGGAUGAAUAGGCACGAAUCGAUUGAUUACAUUUCCUAUGCAUUUUAUUAAGAAUGAACUGGAAUCCUUGUUGAUUUAUGCAACAGAUGCUGCAUUCAACUGGACAAAACUCAACAAAUCAAUGUCAACAUCAACACAAUUGAAUUGAAUUGAAUUGAAUGAUUUUGUUGAUUUUUUUCUUUCGAAGCACUUGUUACACUACGGUUUCAGGUUUCCAUAUGCAAACACGUUAUCUUUUCGUUUUUACAAUUUUUUUACAAUUCAAGUGUCUAUGAAAGCUGACAAAAAAUGUUAACCAUAAGCGAUAAACUUUUUUGCUAUUGCCAUAAAAUGAAAAUCAUAAAUUUUGAUAAAUAAUUUUGUGGUCGCAAUAAGUGAAUUUCGUUGCCACACUCACACAUUGAUUGGUAGAGUGUAGGGAUAAAGUUUCAUUUUUUUCCUGUUGCAAAUCAUCAUCAUCAUCAUCAUAACCAUAAAAUCAACAAAUCAGAAUUGCCUCUUUCUUCAUUCAUUCAUCAUCGUCAUCAGAGAAUCGUACAAAAUGAAUGCCAACAAUAAUCGACAUUAUUAUCCAUUGGAUAAAUGGCAUCUAAUCAAAAUUGUAUUCAUACUGCACGGAAUAUCAGCUCUAUUACCAUGGAAUAUGCUCAUCAACGCAGACAGUUAUUUUGUCGAUUACAAAUUAGUUCGGCCAAAUCAAACGACAACAGCGCCGUUUUCGUUGGACAAUGUUGAUGCUGGAUUGAAUAUAACGGAAAUUAUUCAUUCGGAUUUAUUGGAAAAUUAUCGACAAAAUUUUCUACCAUAUCUAAGUACAGCAUCAAAAGUGCCAAACAUUAUCUUUCAAUUGGUCAAUCUAUUGUUUAGUUCAAGUCCGCGAUCGUAUCGAAUUCGAAUGAAUGUGUCAUUCUUGGUGCAGAUUGCUUUGUUCAUCAUAAUGAUUGGAUUGGCUUUCAUCGAUACAAGUGAAUGGCCGGUAGUGUUUUUCUGGAUCACAAUGAUCAUUGCCGUUCUAUUCAAUACGGUCAAUGGAAUCUUUCAAAGUUGUAUAUAUGGGUUUGUGGCCAAAUUUCCAAUGAAAUAUAUCAACUUUGUCACUUUUGGAUUCAGCUUUAGCGGCACCAUUGCAUCCAUCUUCCUGAUUGUCUCGUUAAUGUUAUCACCUCAUCCAAGAACGGUUGCAUUGUACUAUUUUUCUUUUGCAACCGCAUUCAUGAUUCUCUGCUAUGUCAAUGAAAUAUUUCUCACCAAAAACCGUUUCUUUAGGUAUUAUUUCUAUGGACACGCAAAUCAAAAAUUAGCAGCCCACGAUAAUCCAUUACAAGUACAGGCCAAGAACGGAGAUUUGCAAAUGGACAAUGUCAACAACAUUAUUCAACAUGAAAAUGAGAAAAAUGAGAAAAUGACAAUCAAAACAUUCAAAUUGGUGUGGAACAAAUGCUGGAUUCAGCUGAUGAACUCGGUUCUCAUCUACUUUUCAACGUUUGUCAUAUUUCCGGCCAUCCAAGCGGCAAUCAAACCACUUGAUUCGAUCGUCGAACAAAAAUUCUUUGCACCUGUGUUUUGUUUUCUAUUUUUCAAUACGUUCGCUUCCAUCGGUAACUAUGUGGCCGAAAGGAUACGUAGACCAGAACCAGCUGGUCUUAUAUAUCUGGUUGCCAUUCGAUUUCUGUUCAUACCAUUCUUUCUGUUUUGCAACUAUAUUCCUGAUCGACGAACAUGGCCAGUAUUGAUCCAAAGUGAUUAUGUUUACAUUCUUGGCUCGGCAUCACUAGCAUUCUCCAAUGGUUAUGCAUCUAGUCUAGCAAUGAUGUAUGCACCGAAAUGUGUGCCGCAACAAUAUGCUCCCAUCAGUGGAAUGAUGGCUUCAGCAGCCGUCAUCAUCGGCAUCAUAAUUGGAGUUCAAUGUUCCAUGCUGUUUCAAGCAUUAAUAACAUGAACAACUAUUUUUCAAUAAUAAACUUGGACAUAGACAUAUUCAAUGAUAUUUAAUUUUGCAAUUUUCGAUAAUAAAAAAGAAAUUUGAUUUGA